AUGGCUCCCCUUGUAUGGUUCAUCACUGGAGCAAAUGCCGGUUUCGGUCUUGUCCUGGCCAACUUGGCCCUUUCAAAGGGUGACACAGUUGUUGCAACCGCCCGAAGCCUCUCAAAGUUUCCCGAGUCUCUUCAAAAAAAUCCAAAGGCCGACCUGGUAGAAACGGAAGUAACCGCAUCAGCAACCAGCAUUACCGAGCUCAUCGAUGCCGCCGCCACGAAACACGGAAGAAUCGAUGUAUUGGUAAAUAAUGCAGGUUUUGGACAUAUGGGCGCUGUUGAGGAAGUUUCUGACGAAGAAGCUCGCUACCAAUUUGACGUCAACUUCUUUGGCGUGCUCAACUUCACAAGAGCGGUUAUCCCACACAUGAGAAAACAGAAAUCUGGCGUCAUCGUGCAACUUUCUAGCGGCGUGGGUAUUCUCGGCCCCCACGGUGGCCCGAUUUACUCAGCUUCUAAGUUUGCGGUUGAGGGUUUGAGCGAGUCCAUGGCUCUGGAGCUGAAACCAUUCGGUAUCCGUGUUCACAUUAUUGAGCCUGGCAUUUUCCGAACUGAUUUCUUGAAACCAAUCUCUCAAGGCCAGAAUGUGAGCCGCCAUCUGGAAGGAUACGCAGAUUUGGAGGGGAUGCUCUCUGGUAUGCACGGGAAGCAGCCUGGUAAUGCGGAGCUUGGUAUCCAGCGCCUGUAUGAAGUUGUCACUGGGACGGGAAUGGCUGUUGGCCUGGAAGAUCAACUUCGUUUCCCUCUAGGAUCAGACUGCUAUUCCAUGUUGGAAGCGAAAAUAAAGAUGCUCAAUGAAACUGCGGAGAAAGGCAAGUCCAUUGCGCAGAGCACGGAUUAUUAG